CCACGCUCCCCGCUGCCGUCGUCGCUCAGAGGCCGGGCCCCAUCCACGAGGCACCAUCCCCCAGGCGGACUCACCCAGGCAGACCGUGGUCAUAUCGUUCGACACUUGGACCCGCAUCGCAAGCAACCUCCACCCUCCCCACCGAGCUGGCCGGCCCGACGGUACUCGACAACUACCCUCCCACCUUGCCAGUUCGUCUCUGUCGACAUCGAUGCCUCGCUCCGCUGGAUUGCCGUUCAAGAUCCGGCUAGGCUCGAACGGAAGCCAGUAUGUUCCCUACAUCGUGACCGUGGCGCUGCUGUUUAUUGGAUUCUCAAUGUACUGGGGCGCCAACCACUCCCAUCGGUCCACCACGACGACGACGCUGCGGUUCAAGGACAAAGAGCGAAUCACAUCCUCGGCCAAGAGCAGCACCACACCUGGCUCCAAGCACGACCCGGAGGCAGCCCUCGAAAGGGAUGCCCAUACCACUUCCCUGAAUGCCAAGACUCCUGACAGGGCUUCAGCAAAUCUCAAGGCUGUCCAGGCUCUUGUUCAGCAGAGGCUUGGUAUCCCUCCCGCGGUCCUCCACUCGUUCCUGCAAGCCCAUCCAGCGCAGGCACCGGACCUACUGCUGACGCUCAACAGCAUGCUCACGAAUCUGGAACCAGACCUGAAGGAGAUCCACGGCGACGAACUGGACAUGUUCCAGCUCCCGACCUUCCAGCCCCAGCUCGACCAUCUUGUGAGCCAGAUGCGCCUCGCCCUGACCGACCCGUCCUGCCAAGGCUCGCCAGUUCUGCUUGAGGGGCCCAGUGGAGUCGGAAAGGGUCUGGCACUGGAAUACCUUGUGGCUGACCUCAACAAGUCCCGUCAGGUGGCGGUCUACCUGAGCCUGAACCGCCGGCUGCCUUCGGCAUCCACCUCGGAUGAAGAUACCCGCCCUUCACAGCGGCCGUCGCUGCAUUCGGCGAUCCUGUCAGCUCUUGGAUAUGACCCAGAGCUCCAGUCCUCGCCCGCCGAAUCCGUCGGUCUUUUGGAAAAGACGCUCAAGUUCCUGGCCGACAAUAACCGGACGCCCCUGAUCUGCGUCGACGAUCUUCAAAUCCUCUUUGCGGAUGAGCAGCCUCUCCACGAGGACUAUGCCCAUAUUGAAGUGGGGCUGCAGUGGCUCAUGGAGUGCGUCACUGGAGGCUCAAUCCAAGUUCUUUUGUGUUCCUCGAGCAAGACUGUUUUUCGGACAAUCAAAGAGAAGAUUCCUGGGUACGAUUUUCGUUUGAAGCUGAGGACCUUGACAUCAAUCGACGACACCUACAUGGCGGAGUACUUGGUUGACAGCGUCAACGCGAUCAUGCCGGAGCCUCAUCUCGAAUUCACCCCCGAGCUUGCUCAGCUCUUUGUCGAUACUUUCGGAAGCAAUCUCCUGGAGCUCAAGCGCUAUAUCAAGGCGGAAAGACCUCUGCAUGAGUAUAUUUCCGGUCGCGAGCAAGACCUCUUGGCGAUGGUUGAGCAAAGUGCCGCGGGGCUCUUCGCCGGACGAGCGGCGACUUAUCACGAUCCUGAAAGCGAGCUCCGCAAUGUCAUUCUUGACACGAUGAUGCGUGGGGGCACCCUCCCGGUCAAGACUCUCGACGGUGGGCGCCUGGCCAUGGUCGAGGUCCUUGUCGAGCUCAACUGGCUCAAAUGGCGGGUCAAAAAGUCCAAGCCCCUGGCGUCCCGAUCGCCGUCCAGCCAGGUCCCGACCACGACUGGCCAGCCGAAUAAUGUCUCCGGCGAACAGCGGCGCAAGCUUCAAGGCGGUCGUCGCAAAGCCGAGAAGCGCACCCAGAUGGAACAAAGCUGGAUCAAGCUCCACAAGGAAGCCCUGGCCUGGGGGAUGGACUCGGUCAGCGGGGCAAGUGCUUGGGAGGAAGUUAUCAACAGCGAAGGGCGCGUCCAGCGGCCUGUGUACCAGGUCGUACUCGAUGAUCCUGCCCAAGAGUCAACCGAGCAGUCCGACGACAACGACAACGACAAUGGCAACGACAACGACAACGACAACGACAGCGAUUUCAACGAUGCCACUGAUAUCGACCGCCAUCCAAGGCAUGGGGUGGAUGGCCAGGCCAUGAACCACGACCGCCAUCACGAGUUCGAUCGCCUUGAGGACCAAGAUGACGAUGACGAUGACGAUAGCGUUCCCCUGGACGACCCCAUGUCCAUGUUCAGCCGCGAGGGUGCUGAGCUUGUCUGGAGCAACCGGCUGAUUCAAACAGCCUGUGAGCGGUGGUUCAAUCAGGAGCGAUGGCAGUAGACGCUGCAGAUCCUGCCUCCAUGCGAUUGCACUGGAGACCUGCAGCAUGGUUGCCGAGCGUGCGCUCGAAUGGCUGAGACCCUGGCCUCCUCAUGAAUACACAUGCCCAUAGUCAUUG